AAGGAGGAGAAAAUCCGCAUUCUGAAACAACGCCUCGUCGAGUGGGAGGCUACGCACAAGGGUGGCGAACUGAACGGCGCCAACAGCACCACCAAUGGCAUAUCCUUGGCGAUGGCCACACACCAGCCGUUGGCGAGCGUCAAUUCUUUGCCCGGCGGUGGUAUGGCUGCCGCGGGUUCGGGUUCGGGUUCCACUAACAAUUCACUCAAUCUACAGGCAACGACGUCCUCCUCACAACAUAACACACCUGCCGCCACAUUAGCGAUAACACAAGAUACACAUGAUCAUCAUACAUGAAAAAACGCGUCAAUUUCCUUUUCGUGAUAAGUAAAAUAUAUGUAAAUUAGAGUAAUGUAAUAAAGAUAAACGACAACCAAUGCAUAGCUACAUACAUACAUACAUACGUCGUUGUACAAAUUCUACUGGCAAUUAGUAAAAUUUAAAUGUAAGAGUAAGUAUGUAAGUAUGUACUUAUGAUAAGAAGUAGUAAAAGCAAUUAUAUGAAAUGCUGAUUGAUGUACAUAUGUGUGUACAUAAUUUUAAGUCAUAACAGUGUAAACUGAAAUAACUAAUACACAAACUCUUACUACAAAAAUUAGUUAAAUUUAUCAAAUGUUUAAAUGAGUAUCAAGUAUUGAAAGUGUGCAUGUAGUUAAGCGAGUGAAAGUUAUUCUAAUUUGUUGGCGAAAAUUUGUUUUUUUUUUUUUGUUUUCUAGUAUAUGUUUUAUUUACAAAGUA